AUGUCCAGAACCUUUACUAUCGUUAUCAAGCUAGGAUCAUCUUCUUUGGUCGAUGAGAAGACGAAAGAGCCCCAAUUGUCCAUAAUGUCGAUGGUUGUAGAGACCGUGGUACGGCUACGUCGUUUGGGCCAUCGAGUUGUACUGGUAUCGAGCGGGGGAAUUGCAGUUGGGAUGAAGACUUUAAACCUGGAGAGCAGGCCCAAGCAUUUGGCCCGUGUGCAAGCUAUCGCGGCCGUUGGACAAGGCAGACUCAUUGGACGGUGGGAUAAUCUGUUCUCACAGUUCGGCCAAAGAAUCGCUCAAAUUUUGAUCACCAGAAAUGACAUCACAGACUGGACACAGUACAAAAAUGCUCAGAAUACGAUUUCGGAGCUGUUACAAAUGGACGUUGUGCCAAUUGUGAACGAAAACGAUACUUUAUCCGUUAGUGAAAUCAAGUUUGGUGACAACGACACUUUAUCUGCUAUAACGGCAGCUUUGUGCGGCGCAGAUUAUCUAUUUUUGCUUACAGACGUCGAUUGUCUGUACACAGACAAUCCCAGAACCAACCCCAAUGCAACCCCAAUCUUGGUGGUUCCUGACAUGGCGCAAGGUUUGCCAGGCGUGAAAACUGACAGUGGAUCGGGCUCUGACGUGGGCACCGGUGGUAUGGCCACGAAACUGAUUGCUGCUGAGCUUGCGACCAAUGCCGGCGUGAAUACAAUCAUAAUGAAGAGCUCUGAGCCGCACAAUAUUUCAAAAGUAGUCAACUACGUUCAAAGUCUCGAGACCCCUAGUACAUCAGUGGAGAAUCUGGUACAAUUACAGCAGCUUGAACAACAAAAACUUCAAAUGCAUGGGGUUCCUUUCCACACACGAUUUGUCGCCGACAAAACUGGUAUGCAUUUGAAGAACAGGGAGUUUUGGAUGUUGCACGGUUUAGUGAGCCACGGUGCUGUUAUAAUAGAUCAAGGUGCCUCUGAUGCACUUACAAGGAAGGAAAAAGCUGGUCUUUUGCCCGCUGGAGUCAUAGAUGUCGAGGGACAUUUUCACGAACUAGAAUGCGUGGAUCUUAAACUGGGCUCCAGGCUCGCCUCUGGCGAAUUGGACACGACGGCGCCCCUUGUCAAGAUCGGCCGCGCCCGCUGCAAUUAUACCAGUCUAGAGCUAACUAAGAUCAAAGGUCUGCAAAGCGACCAGAUUGAAAAUGUCCUCGGCUACGCUGACAGUGAAUACGUCGCGGUGCGUACUAACUUGGCAUUCCCUCCACACUGA